AUGAGACAAAUAACGGAAGGGCGUGACCAUUGCUCGCUCAUCAAUGAGAAGUUCAUUCCUUCCCCAAUGCAAGAAGAAUCGUUACCGUUGCCAAAAGAAGGACAUGUUGUGCAGAGGAGCGAGGAUGAGAUCAGUCGUGCACUUACGUUCGAUAUGUCGGAAGCUCCACCACUCAAUCCACAACGUGCUCAACUUGCCUUCUACAGGCCAUUCGUUGCUGAUCCGAUGGAAGAAGUAGUCUUGCCAGCCCCACUCAGAGGAUCUGUUUCUCAUCAUUCGAUUGCUGAGCUCAGUCAAACACAAAUGCCCAGCUAUAAAUCUAUCGAAACACCAAGAAGCACAAACGCGGAACGUAUGUUUAAGAGGCCUGGAUUCGACAACGUGCCCUCAUAUUGA